AUGGCGAAGAAAUUCAAGAGUCCCUCUCCUUCCAGUUCAAAAAAUGAGGAGGAGGAUGAAGAAGAGGAAAUUCAUCAUGUAUCACCGAGAGGUAACACCCAUCCCCGAUCCCCCACUCCAACCGAACCUCUUCAUGACAAACUUCCAACACCACCUCCAUCACCGAAACAGACAGUUCCUAUUUCGGUUGCUCCUGUUCCCCCACUUACCACAUCUCAAACAACAACUUCUAUUCCACCACCGCCACCAGUUACUACCAUUCCUAUUUUUACAACUCCAAUCCCUCCUCCUAUUAUUUCCCAAUCAACUUCCACUACUAUCCCAGAACCGACAAUAAGAGUCAACGUAUCUGAUACGGGGGCGACUACUGAGACUGAACCUCCAGUUACUUCCAAACCACUUUCACCCUCACCUUCAACCGAUUCCGGUGCCACUCUCGGUGGUGCUACUGAUGAGUUUGUUUCGAUCUAUUAUAGUCCCUAUAGGCUUCCUACAGAUGAUGAUGAUGAAGCUCUAGUCACACGCCAAUAA